GGCGGCCAGGGGCGGAGGCUGCUGACUACAUGGAGGAGGAGGAGGAGGAGUUACUCGUGGCACCGUCACGCCCCAGCAGCGCCCAUUCCUGCUCCUCCCUCCUCCGCCUCGAGCAGGAGGCCAAGCGCAAAAAGCGGGCGCAGCAACAGCAGCGCAAGGCCGCCGCCGCCGCCGUUAUGCCAGAAAGGGUCAGCAGUGAUGAUGUGCUGGACCUGGCCAAGUACACAAAGAAGCAGCCAUGGUGGCGCAAGCUCUUUGGGCCCAACUCAGGAUCCAGUGCAGAAAAGUACAGCGUUGCAACUCAGCUGGCGAUCGGAGGUGCCACCGGAUGGUGCACUGGCUUCAUCUUCCAGAAGGUUGGGAAGCUGGCGGCAACGGCGGUGGGAGGUGGCUUCUUCCUGCUUCAGAUUGCAAACCAUACAGGAUACAUCAAAGUGGACUGGCAGAUGGUUGAGCGGGACGUGAGCAAAGCCAAGGAACAGCUGAAGUUUCGCGGGAGCACCACCAAUCAGCUGGCCCCUGAGGUGAAGAGCCGAGUGGAUGAGGUGAUUUCCUUCCUGAAGAAGAACGUUCUCCUGACAGGAGGGUUUGUUGGAGGGUUUCUGCUUGGCAUGGCCUCUUAGGAGCCCCCCCCCAAAGUCUGGCUGCUCUGCUCUUCCCUGUGCUGCCACCAUCUCCUACUCCGCCGUCAUCGGCUUCCUCCAUCGUCUGAACUUGGACACCAGAAUAUCUUCCCUCCUGACUUCCUCCUUGUAUGUGCGUCAUGGCCUCCAGAAACACUGCUCCAAGCUCCUUCUGCUCCUCCCUUUAUUCAUUGGAUUGGUGAGGGUUGGGGGGGACGGCAGGAUUAGCCUGAAGGCUGGCUACUCCCAGGCACAGUUCUACACCUGCCUGAGAUACCAGGUUUUGUAGAAUCACUCCCCCCCAAAAAAAAGUUCUUCCAGUGGGAAGCUGUACGCAAGACACUACAGCAGUACCCUGGAUGGGAGCUCCCAUUUCCUUGUUUGCUCAUUGUGUUGUAUUCCUUCUCGGGUGGCAAAGAGCACAGCCCAUGUUUCUGGCUCAGAAGAGCACAGACGCUCAGCAGGGUAGGGAGAGGGAGUGCCAGGGCACGUCCUGAAAUAACCGGUGCCUAGCAUUGGCUUAUUUUUUCGGCUCUGUGAAGCGCUUCCUAGCAAAGCCAGGGCAACAGAAAAACAGAUCCUCUUGGCAUCUCCCAAGCUGUUAUUUUUACCUCUUUCUGGAACCAGAGUUGGAAUGAUCUGUGGAAACACUGACUGCUGUCAUGGGAUUCUCUGCCAGCCUUUCCUGCUGAAGGAGGCCUGAAAAGUUUAUUGGGGGGAGGGCUGUUUGAAGAAUUUGUAUUUUGAACACUCAACAGAUGAUGAUUCAAGCUAAAUUUUCCUCUUUGUGGAAUGGCUGUUGGCAGGCUUUUUAAUAAUAAUAAUAAUAAUAAUAAAUUUAAUUUCUUCGUCGCCUAUCUGGCCGAUGGCCACUCUAGGCGACUUACAAAAUUGUUAAAAUACAUUUGAUAAAAUACAGUAAUACAAUAUAAAAACAACACAUCUGCAGCAACAAUAUUAAAACUGGGCAGGAGGCAUUUCAGUUAUAACAAUUAACCCUCCCCGGAUACCCCGAAGGCCUGCUGAAAGAGCCAGGUCUUUAAGGCUUUCCGAAACACAUUUAAAGAAGAGGCGUGCCGGAGAUCUUGUGGGAGGGAGUUCCAAAGAGUGGGGGCCGCCACUGAGAAUGCCCUCUCUCUUGUACCCGCCAAUCUGGCUGUUUUUGUUGGCGGGAUUGAGAGAAGGCCCUGUGUGGCCGAUCUUGUUGGGCGGCAUAAUUGGUGGCGUCGAAGGCGCUCCGUGAGAUAAACUGGGCCGGAACCGUGUAGGGAUUUAAAGGGAUUUUUAGAUUAAUCAGGCCCUUGGUAGCCAAAGUUACUUAAUGAAGGGGAUGGAGUGGUAUGUGCCGCUACUGGAGUGGCCUGCUCUGUUUUCUAGAGAGAGCCAGCUGUUGCUGUACAUCAACUGUUCCCAACCUGGUGCCCUCCAGAUAUUUUGGUGUACAACUCCCAUCAUCCCCAGCCAGCAUACCCAGUAAUGAUGGGAGUUGUAGUCCAAGACAUCCGGAGGGCAUGUUGGGAAAGAUUGCCCUAGAGUAUGAGCUCUGGGUGGGUCAUGUAACACUCGCCCCAAAACUAAAAGUGGAGAUGCAUUGCUGAACUACACUGAUGGAAGUUGGCUGAUCUCUUCACAAGUUGGUGUCAGACAGAAGGCUGCACUUCUCAAAUGUGUCCUAUCUCUAGAAGCACUUCAGGAAGGCUGAUGUUUGUGUGUGUGUGUUCUGUAGUCCCUGCCUUCUGAUCUGAGGUUGUUAGCAAGACUCCUCUGUAGACACGUGUUUCACAUUCACACAUUCUAAGGGUCUUGUGAAUUAGGAUCUUUAGACAUUGGCAGUAGUGCGUCUUGGCAGAUUUACCCAGCAACUUGCACUCACACAGGUCUUAAACAUGAGGAUAUUUAUUGAGCAUAUGCACGCAGAAUCAAAAUAUGUACAUUUAACACUUCAAUGGGGAAUAGCUCAGUACCAAUCUGGAUGAUGGAACUGGCUAAGUAAACCUAAUCAUAACCAAUUUAACAGACACAUACACGAAGAAGCAAGAAGGCAUAAGAGGAGAUGGGGGAGAGUUGAGUUCAGCACAACUAAGGAAGGCACACCAGCCUGCCCUUUUCCCUCUCUCUCGACUUCUUUUGCAGACUAGGCCUCAGUCAUGUGCAGCUGGGCAGGGAGGACCAGAAUAUGGCUUCUGAAACAGUCACACACACAAACAUUCAAAGACAGGCAGAGGGAGCAGAUGUGGAGGCUACAAUUUGUAGGGAAAGGACCUCCAGAAGACAGGACAGAGAGCAAAAUGUACCUUUCCCAGCCCUGGUGGGCAAUCUCGAAGUAGAAUACUCCUGGGUUAGCCACUGAAACAGCAAAGGCAGCAGGCAGGCCCCGAAAUGGCUUCUUGGCUCUCUGCUUUGCAAAGGUCCAGAGCAAAGCAGGAAAAGUAGGGGAGCCCUGAAAAGAGCUUUUGAAUCGGCUUCAGCGAGCAGGGAUCUCUGUUUUAGCAGGCAGGGAUCCAAAGAUAGUAAAGGAAAAGCAAGGGAGAGUCAGACCCUUGGGUUCCAGCUAGCUGAUUUAUCAAGUGAUUUCAGGUAGAGUGAUAUUCAUCAGGGUGGGUGACAGACACUCAGAGCCCAGAACAGUGAUUCAUCAGAUGAUUUCAUAGUGGAACCGGGCAACCAGAACCCAGUAUCCCAAACAUGGCUCUAAGAGUCCAGUUUUUAUACCUUUCUGGACAAAAGCCUCAAAGGAGAAUGCACAGUUGGUUGGAUCAGGCAGGUAUCCUCCCUUAAUUUCCAUACCUAUGAUGAGUUGUAUGGUCAGGGUGAUGGGCUUUUCUUUUGUGAAGACAGGUGGUGGCAUUCACCGUUUGGCUAGCUUGGUAAGAUUUGAACAAUGGACUCUCUUGAGGGCCAAACUUUUACAGUUUUGGGAUUGUAUUGAUUGGAUUGCCAAAGGUCAUGUCCUUUGCAUAUGAUUGACAACAUCCUCUGGGCUGAAAUGAUAAGAUUUGACUCAGCUACUUUUUCCAUCAGGUCUCAAGCAGCAUCUUUGCAAAAUGAACCAAACUGAAACCAUUUUUAAAAUCAUAGAGGCCAUGUUGGAGUGGAGUGUCUCUCAGGUUUAUAGGCUCGUAGCCAGCCUGCCAACAAGGAGUAAUCAUAAUAGUCUAUUAAGUAAUACAUUUUUUUUUAAGUGCUGCCUUUAAAAGAUGACAGAUUUAUUAUGGCAUGUUCUUUAAUAGCUUAGAGCAGGAAUGGGAACCUGUGGCCUUCUAGAUGUUGCUGGACUGUAACCCCAAUCAUCCCUGACCAAUAGUUAUGUUGGGUGGAUGGAAGCUGGAGUCUGGCAACUUCUAGAGGGCCACAACUUCUUUACUCUUGGUUUAAAACAGUGUUCUUCAUCCUUGGGUCCCCAUAUGUUGUUGGACUACAACUUCCAUCAACCCCAGCCAGCUUAGCCUAAGGCCAAGGAUGAUGGGAGUUAUAGUCCAACAACAUAUAGGGACCCAAGGUUAAAGAACAGUGAUUUAAAAGAUGCUACACUGUGUUUGGAUGGCUAUGGCCCCACAAAUGCCUUUGAUGGAGAACUGACACCUUGGUACCCUAAAACAGACUUGUCAUCUUUGAUCAAAUAUUCCUUGAAAACCAGCCUGCUUCCCCAGCAAAACUGUGGGCUGCUGGACCCUCCACAAAGAUGCAGUGUAGAAAAACAACAACAGGACAGUCAAAUAGGUAUUGAGUGGAGUGGGCCACCUCAGUUCAGUCCUAGCUUGCAUGCUCAUUUUUCUUUUUCCUGUCCCUGGCUUCCACCUCCUCCUUGCCUUACCAAAAGGUAGUGGCCAGGUGACCUUCAGUUGUUUCAGCUUGCCACCAGGAUGGUAAAGCAGAGAUCCUGCAGCAGAAGGUAAUGCCCUCAGAAGCAGGGGUGGGGACUAGAUGUUGGACUCCAACUCCCAUAUCCUUAAGUAGCACGGCCAAUGGUCAUGAAUGAUGGAAGUUGUAGCUUAGCAGCAUCUGGAGGGCCACAGAUUCCCCAUUCCUGGUGUGUUGGCACACAGUGCGGCAGCAGUGUUGCAUUGGAGCAGGUCUGGAUCUGGGCAAUGCUUGGGUGGCAGACUCCCUGGGAACCUGUGUGCUUCCUUGGGUUUUGUGAUGGACAAAAAGCAGGAUAUAAAGAACAGCUAUUUAAUAAUAAUACUUUCUGGCCAGUCUAGUUAGUUAGUGAGGGCUUUCCUAGCUUAAGUUGUAUAGAAUGGUGCUGUCCUUGACUCCACAUAGCCUCUCUCCCCCCUUGGGACUUAGCAUCUGGCCGGAAAGAAUGGGCUUCAUGGUCUUUAGCUGCUGACCCUGCCACCAUCAGCCUCCCUGGAAGCUAGAAAGCUACAAGGUAUGCCCAUAUCACAUUGGUAAAGCUUGUACGCUGGACCAUUUCUGUGCUCCCCCCCGGGUUAGAACAGGGCUGGGGAACCUUUGGCCCAACAAAUGUUGUUGGAUUCCAACUCCCAUCAGCUGUAGCUAGCGUGACCAAUGGCUGGGGUUGGAGAUGAUGGGAGCUGCAGUCCAGAAGCAUCUGGAAGACCAAAGGUUCCUCAAUCCUGGCUUAGAACUUCUAGUGGUGGCUAUUUUUAUCACUGGCUAUCAAGACUGCAGUUGGGAAAUGAGAUGUGUGAACUUGUAGCGGAUCAGGACACACGGUCCAUCUAGCCCGGUAUUGGCUUCUGCAGGUUGGCAGUGGCUUAUUGUUAUAUUUAUUGCUUGUACCUGAAGGUGUCCAAGCAACUUACAGCACUGUUAAAAACAAAAGCAAAUAUACCAUAACAAAACAACCACCCCUAUAUAGCCACAGGAAGCUUUGGCAGCACACUAAUACAAACAACAUUAUCAAAUGCUGAGGGGGUGUGUGUGUCUUUACCUGAUGCCAAAAAGAUGUCAAAGAAGGCACCAGGCUAACUACUGGGGAGUGCAUUCCACACAUGGGGAGCCACAACUGAAGAGGCCCUCUCCCUUGUCACCAGAUUCUGAGCCUCCCUCAGAGGGGGAGCUGGGGAAGGUUGGCAGUAUGAGCUGUACUCCCCAAAAGCUUUUUAAGUGGGGAUGUCAAGAGACUGAAUGUGAGACCUUUUCUGCGCAUAGCAUCUGCUCAAAUGAAACCAGUGAUCACUUUAAUCCUUGGCGACUGGAUUUCUGACCUCGCAGCUGUGUCUGUUAGCAACAAGACAUCCCUCACCAUUGAUCACGCCGGCUGGGACUGAUGGGAGUCAGGAGCCCUACAAUAUUCAUAUCAGGGUUUCAUUGCUUCUGAAGAGAUGUUUCAAAGAGCAGUCAUGUUGAGUGGCCACCAGAGGGUACUAAAAUAAGUGAGCUGGCCUCCAAUUUGGAAACAAGGGGGUGUAACUUGGGCAAAAAGGAGGAAGUGCAGUAAAAGUGAAACUUUUAAAAGCACUUUCAGUGGAGGCAUUGUUCAUGAAGGGGAAAUUAAAGCCAAUCUUAAUGGGUGUCCCCCCCAAAAAAAAUAAAACCAUGCCCCAGCAGCCAUCCACACUUGAAUCUAGAAAAACGCUAAAAAAUUUACAGUGUUUUUAUAUAUUUAAACGUUUGAAGUGAAAGUUUAAAAUAAACCAGUUUUGCUGUA